AGAUGCAAUAAUUUUACAAAAAUAUGUUAUAGGAACACCAAUGCUUGAGGAAUCAAAUUAUUUCAAAAAAGAAGUAUUUCCAAAAUGUCAUGAUGCAUUAAUUGAAUGUUGCAUAGAUGAUGAUAUAUUACAAAGAAAUGUAUUGUGGAAUUGA